AAAGAGAAAGAGAGAGAGAGAGAGAGCAGGCAGGCGGCAGGCAAGCAAGCAAAAAACUGGGAUUUGCUCCCAUUUGAUGCUACUGAAACUCAAGCUGGGGAAGGAAGGGAGGUGGUACUAGGAUCAAGUACAGUUUUUCCUCUUGAACUGAGGGUGUGUUGCGCGUGUUUUGCCACCCUUCUUGUCAAGGGGACAAUUGGAGCUCUCUUUGGAAACCAAAGCAAACCUCUUCCUCUCUUGAUUUUGGGCUCCCAACUCAAAGGCGCCCAAGGUCCAUCUCUCUCUCUCUCUCUCUCUCUCUUUCUGGGACUAUCUCCAGCAUCAGAGGGGAAGGAGGGCCAAAUAGAUAGAGACCAAGUCUAUCCAGGAACUUCAAAAAGAGGAGAGCAUCUCUUUAUUUAUAUUUUUUUUGGGGGGAAGGACCAAAGUGUCCCAGCGGCGACAAACUUGAAGACUUCUUUCAGCUUGUAUUUUUUUUUCUGCAGGAAGCUUUCCUUGCACAAAGGUAUACAAAUGCUCUCUGUCCAGCCAGACACCAAACCGAAAGGUUGUGCUGGCUGCAACCGCAAGAUCAAAGACCGGUACCUCCUAAAAGCCCUGGACAAAUACUGGCAUGAAGACUGCCUGAAGUGCGCCUGCUGCGACUGCCGCUUGGGGGAGGUCGGCUCCACCUUGUACACCAAAGCCAACCUUAUCCUGUGUCGCAGAGACUACUUGAGGUUAUUUGGUGUUACAGGAAACUGUGCUGCUUGCAGCAAACUCAUCCCUGCUUUCGAGAUGGUGAUGAGAGCCAAGGACAAUGUUUACCACCUGGACUGCUUUGCGUGUCAACUUUGUAAUCAGAGAUUUUGUGUGGGAGACAAAUUUUUCCUAAAGAACAACAUGAUUCUCUGCCAGACGGACUAUGAGGAGGGUUUAAUGAAAGAAGGUUACGCGCCCCAAGUUCGCUGAGCUGAUCCUCACUCCUAAGAAUACUGAAGCACUACAUUCUUAUCUUUUCUGUUCUUCUCUUUCUGUUCAACAUGUAUAUAAGAAAUAAUGGCGGAAUCUACUGAAUAGCAUAGAUAUAGGGAGACAGAAUGAUCAUGUGGAAUAAAAAGCGAACUGCAGAUAUACCUAGUGGAAAUUGCACCAGUUCACAGUUGAAUGUUUAUUAAAAGAUAAUGUACAUACUGCUGAAAGGGUCUGGGGUUUGGUUUGGGGAUUUUUUGGCUUGCUGUUUUGGGUUAUUUUUUCCCUUUUGUGUCAUUUGGCAUGAGAUGCUUAUUUUGGACGAAUGUAUAUAAUGCAUUGUUAUAUUUGAAGCACAAAUGUAAUACAGUUUUAUUGUGUUACCAUUUGUGUUCCCGUUGGCUUAUUUGUAUUGUUGCAUUUAGUACAAUCGGUGUCCAAACUUUAUUGUAUAUUUAUGCUUUCUUGUAUCUACCAGCUAUUUUGGAAAAGCUGUAUCUUUGUAGUAAAAACAAAAAAAAGAACAAAAAGAGAAUUUUAAGAGCCAAUCCCAUGCAUUAUUCUCCAUGCUUCAGAGAUGCUUAUCAACACUUGAACUAUUUAACAGGAAAAAAAUGUGAGGCAAGAUCUAGCCACACUUAAGUACUUAGUUCCAUUGACUUGUAUAGUGUGUGCUUAACUCUCCCAUUGAAAUCAAUGGGAUUUAUGAGCGCUUAAUUUCUGACUGGAUUAUAAUGCUAACAAAAGUGUUAAAGUUGCCACCAUUCAACAAAUCACUACUGCAUUUUUCUUCAUCUUUUUUUUUUUGUAAAGGAAUGAACUUGGGGAUUUUAUUUCAUACAUUUCAUGGGAAAGUAUGUUCUGUUUUGCUACAGAAUUUGGUGUUGUUUUAAUUUUAUUGGCAGGUGUUUUCAACUUUAUGGAGCAGGUGUUUCAUUAUUUUGGGGGCUACUGUGCUCUGUACCCACCUCGAAGGAAGGAAAAGGAAGAUGUUGGAAUGCCUUGUUUCCAACAUAACUGGGAAUGAGGAGCUGAGCCCCAAUGCAACUCAGUGCCUUUGGGUGUCAUAUAAAAUUUUUAUAUGUACAUAUAUAUAUAUUUCUCUGAAAUUAUUUUACUGUAGCAUAGUAAUUUCUGCUCCUGUACAGAAAUGUUAUUUUAACGAAAUGAGUGUUUUUCCUGAACUUUAUCUGGUUUGGGUCCAGCAUACCUAAGAGACUAUCUGGUUUGGGUCCAGCAUACCUCUCCCUAUGGUCAGUUCCAUCCAUAACAUUGACCAGGAGUGCCCUCUUCAGGUUACCUUCUGCGUACCAACUCAAGACAGCUGGGCCUUUCAGCAAGGCAUCUUGGGUGGUUGCAUGGAAACUCCACCCCAGCGGGACUAUCAAAAGCUGCAUAAUCUUUCACAAGUCUUCAGCUUUCUGAUGUGGGACUACCAUUUGGGAGAAUAGAAAUGAAGCACUUCCCAUAAAGUGCUAAGCAUCUGUUAGCAUCUGUUCCUUUGUAGAUGUGAUUGAUCAAAAUUUAACUGGCUAUUGUAUUUUUGUUUUGUUUCUUAAUUUAUUGUUCUCCAUUCCAAAUUGUUGGGGUGGGGCAGUCUACAAAUAAAUAAAAUCUAAGAAUUGGA